UUUUUGUGAGUGUGGGAUAUAUGGAUGCCAGUAAAAUAUGACUUUUCUUGAGGUAAUUUAAUCCUGCAGACUUUCCAACCACCCUUAGCUCCUUCUCUCUGACUUCAGAACUCCAUAUGUCCUCAAAGUCUUCUCCAGGAUUUAUUUGUUCUCAGCUCACCUCAUUGCAAAGCAUCAACAAACAUGUCUGACAGAAGUGGUGGAUUUAAGGGUUGAGCGUCUGACCCGCGUUGCAUUCCUCACAUGCCUGCAUAUCCUCUCUCCUGCUGCUGAGAAAGCCCAGAGUGAUCCCGGGUGCGGGUGACGCUGCUGUGGGAGCUGGCUCUGGAAUGAGGAGGCUCCACCCUCCGCUCCGGACCAUGUGGUUCCCAUCGCCCCGGUUGCUGUGCUUUGGAGGAGAGGACGCAGAGAACAGUGCCGCCGCACAUACUGGUCGGUUUACUGGAAUCGGUCAUGUUCAAGACUUUUGAUGAGACUCUUUACGGGAAACUUCUCCGUCACUGACAGACACUUCUAUUCGGACCCGGAGGUCCCAGCCCCGGACAGGUGCGCACAGAGCGCGGGUAGGAUGGGCAGACGGGAGGCGGACAGCAGAGGCGCGAUGAUGACCAGCGACCGCUCCGGGCUCGGCUGUCUGCAGGACGCGGCAUCCAGACGCCAUCGAGCCGGCGAGGGGUCCCCGAGGCUCGGCAGCCAACGUCCCUGCAGCGGGGAGAAGACGCACAGGCACCCGGAGAUGGAGGCGGCGGGCCGGGCAGCGACGGCCUCGGCGCCGAUGGAAGUGAAGAAGCACCAGCACAAACACAACUUGAAGCACCGCUACGAGGUGAUGCAGACUCUGGGCCAAGGCACCUACGGGAAAGUGAAGAAGGCGGUGGAGAGGAGCAGCCUGAACACGGUGGCGAUCAAGUCCAUCCGCAAGGAGCGCAUCACAGACGACCUGGACAAAAUCCACAUCCAGAGGGAGAUCGAGAUCACCUCCUCGCUGAGACACGCCAACAUCAUACGCUUCCACGAGGUGUUCGAGAGCCGGGAUAAGAUCGUGAUAGUGAUGGAGUAUGCCAGCAGAGGAGAGCUGUACGAUUACAUCCAGGAGAGAAGGAGACUGGCAGAGACAGAAGCUAGAAGCAUCUUCAGACAAAUCACAUCUGCUGUCCACUACUGCCACAAGAAUGGUGUGGUGCAUCGUGACCUCAAACUGGAGAACAUCCUUUUAGAUCAAGAUUUCAAUGUCAAGCUGGCUGACUUCGGCCUCUCCAAUCACUUCCAGAGGGGCACUCUGCUGCAGACGUACUGUGGAAGUCCGCUCUACGCCGCCCCAGAGAUAGUGAAAGGACUGCCGUACCAGGGGCCGGAGGUGGACUGCUGGGCGCUCGGGGUGCUGCUCUAUGCCCUGGUGUACAGCAGCAUGCCGUUUGAUGGUGCGAGUCACUCCAUGCUCACUGAGCGGAUAAGCCAAGGUCGCUAUCACAGACCCAGCCCCCCCUCAGACGCCUGCGCUCUUAUCGACUGGUUGUUGACAGUGAGCGUGGAUGAGAGAGCCACGAUAGAGGAUGUGGCCAACCACUGGUGGGUGAACUGGGGUUAUGAAGAGAGUGUGUGUGACUGCCCUUCAUCUCCGCACCAAGAAUGUCCCUCCCCUCUGCUGGCUCGCUACAUCGACUGGCAGAAUCGGGUCGCUGCCGCCAGCAACAUGGCGGUUGACCCCGGGUGCCUGUCCUCAGACUCCACCUGUGCAACCCAGCGCUCCCACCACCCGUUCUACCUGAGCUUACCUCUGAGGAGCGAUCGUAGCGGAGGGCGGGCACGUGGGGGAAUGUCCAGCCUCAGGAAGUCACGCAAGGAGAAUGCCAUUCCCCAGACGGCACAGGGAGCAUGUGGUGGUGUUUGUGCAGCAGCUGCCCUCUCUGCUUUGGUUUCCUCCACUUCCACUGUUGAAAGAAAGAAACCCAAAGGUAUUCUGAAACCCCAGAGGAGUUUUGACUCAGUCUUUCACAGCCCCCCUAGAGACAGCUCUCCCUCCCAGCUAUACAACGCUUCUCCCCAGCCUUAUCGAACACAUGCUGACGUCCUAUCCACCAGCCUGCCGUCCCCUCCAACAUUCAGCCAGCCCUCAUCUAAAAUGCCCAAGAAGGGGAUACUGAAGAAAUUGUGUGGAGGGGAGUCAAGUUAUGGCUCCGCCUCAGGAAGAAGAGGCUCCGGAGCAGGAGUUAAAGAGAAUGAAGCUGGUGAUUUGUGCUCUUAUGAAAAGCACAGUUGUCUCCCAGCAUCAGGGGAGAGUCCCACCAUGCACACAGAGGCAGUAAGAAGAAGGAAAGGUAUACUGAAACGUAAUGGCAAGUUUUCCCGCAGUCUGGAUCUCCCCGAUGACCACCAGUCAUCUCCAUCUGUGGCCCCCGCGAUGUUCCCCGAGGUUCUGCAGCAGCUGCUCCGUGCCACAGGGGGCGCCGAGGGCAGGCGUAGCCGCCCCUCCAGCGUGGUGAGCGAGGAUAGCGUCUUCUCUUCCGAUUCCUUCGACCUGCUGGAUCUCAGCGCCCAGUCACGUCGCAGGAUUUUCUCCCGGGGGACGCAGCGCAGCUCAGAGGAGGACCUGGAUCAGCUGAGGGCUGAGACGGACAGGGUCGAAGAAGGACAGAAGGACAGAAGGAAAUGCUGACAUGCGACACCUGUUCCUCAGUUUACUUUCCUGUGAUAAUCAUUGUCUGCCAUAAAAACUCUUAAAUGAAGUUUGCACCUCGAGAACAUUGUCAAUGUAAAGCACCAGUUCUCUGUAGUGAAAGAUGAAUUCUUUGACAGUUUAACUGCAAAACAGAAAGUGGCGAGACAUUGAAAAGAGAUCCUGCACCUGCUGAAUCACAGACAUGGCACCUGAGUAUGGCAGAACAGACAGACGCUCUGUUGGAUGACCUCUAACCUCGCCUGCACAACAAAUCGUCUUUUUAGAUUUUGCUGCAGUUUUCGGUUCAGAUGAGCCUUGAACAUCUGAGUGUCGAUGCUGUGGCACCGAGGUUUUUGGAAACAAUGACGAGUUUAACAAAUUGCCAUCUUGAAUAUGUGAGUCUGUCAAUAGGGGCAAGACAUGUAGACACCUCUAUUGUGAGCUUGAAUCCUGCUAAAUAACUACACUUUUAAUGCAUUUUAACGCAUUUAAUAACUAGUGUUUAACUCACUGAAAUGGAGUUGUACGCAGAUAUAAGGACAUUUUAAGCAUUUCUUAAUGUAUAGUACGUGUCAUCAAUCAUAACUUCUCCUGUAUUUGACAUUAUUUAAUUCUCUGUUUACACACCAGGCUUCCCUGUUGACUGGAUACAAGAGGAGUUGUAGUUGCUGUUUACAAACACUUAUAUCUGUGCACAAGUACAUUAAAGUGUUUUAAUAAACCAGUCCUUAAAUGUUAUAUAUACUGCAGAUCUCUUCUUCCAAGUGAGGAAACAGAAUAUUUACAGUUUGCAUGUUCCAGUUGUUAGCAUAUGACCUGCAAGUGGGACAAUAAAAACAAAAGGAAUAUUAGACUCUAUAACAUUUAAUCUUGAAAGUUGCAGGUAGCAGUUGGGUGGCACAGUGAAUAACAUCAUUUUGACCUAUCGUUGACUCUAUGAAGGUGCAGUAAAACACCCUUUUACUUAUCAUUCGUUCUCCAUAAACUGGGACGACCUGUGCUGCAUUUACAGCCAGACAAUGUUAGGCCGACUGUCACGAUAUAUUUGCUUGUGAAACCAUCCAUAAAGUCAGUCCAACGUGUGAUUGUGUGGUCAAGUUGUCUUGUGUUUGUAAACGUGCCAAAGUCGAAUAUUCUUAGAAACAGGCCAUUCAACAAAUAGCACUAAAUAACACCUGAUGUUUAAAAUGAGCGAUUGAUGUACAGUGUUUCCUGUUUCAACAUGUUAGUGAGUGUGUUUGUACCACACAGUAUUACACUGUGCACAAUAUUCUCCUUUGCACCAACAGGCACAGUUUGAAUAGCAGGUGGAUCAUAUUGGUUUUUACUGUGGACGUUUGAACAGCUGAUGUAUGCACGUAAUCCUAUGAGAACAAGGCUCUGUUCAUUUUGUUUGAUGACAUCUUUUAGCUCUUCCUAUCUCUCUUUUGGAAAAGUAAAUAAAUUAUGUGAAUCUUAAUACUCUC